CACACAGAAAAUUGCCGCAGGCAUCAUAGAUAAUUUUUUUUUUAUAAAUGCAAACACACGAUAAAUUAAACAAUGAGUAGUAGUAGCAAAAAUUAUCAAACGCUCUUCGUGAAUAAUAAUCCAAAUGGUGCCGAACAAUCACGCAUUUCCCUUGCAACGGCGGCUUUCGCCAACCAUCUGUACGAUCCGUUGCUGGCUUAUGACUACGUCAACGAUGGCAUUGUUACCACAAAUAAUUACAGCAUGGACUACUAUAACACGACAACGGAACAAAUUGAUGUUACCACACAAAAUAGCAGUGAACUUAACAACAUUUCCUUUGUAUUGCCAAUAUGGCGCCAAAUUUUAUGGAGUAUCCUCUUCACUGGCAUGGUAGUUGUCGCAACUGUCGGAAAUCUUGUCGUAAUAUGGAUUGUUUUAGCGCAUAAGCGAAUGCGGACUGUCACAAAUUAUUUUAUAGUUAAUCUGUCGAUAGCGGAUGCCAUGGUAUCCACACUCAACGUAACUUUCAAUUACGUGUACAUGUUAAACUCCGACUGGCCCUUUGGAACACUUUACUGUAAAAUAUCACAAUUUGUAGCGAUACUUAGCAUAGCAGCAAGUGUAUUUACCUUAAUGGCAAUCAGUAUAGAUCGGUAUAUUGCGAUAAUAAAUCCUUUGCGACCUCGCAUGGGGAAACGUACGACGUUGUGCAUCGCAGCAGGAAUUUGGAUUGUUGGCAUUAUUUUGUCGUGCCCGAUGUUGCUGUUCUUCACGACGUACGAUCACAUGCUGGAUGACGGCGAAGUGCGUGUCAUUUGUUACGCCGAAUGGCCUGAUGGACCAACGAAUCACUCGAUGAUGGAAUAUGCAUACAACGUCGUCUUUAUGUUUCUUACGUAUUUCCUGCCAAUCGGAUCGAUGACAUUCACAUAUGCGCGUGUUGGCAUCGAGCUUUGGGGCUCUCAGAGUAUCGGCGAGUGCACGCAACGGCAAUUGGAGAAUAUCAAGAGUAAGCGACGUGUCGUCAAAAUGAUGAUGGUUGUCGUCGCUAUUUUCGGGGUUUGUUGGUUACCGUUCCAAAUUUACUUCAUUGUGACUUCAUACUAUCCGGAUAUCACGAAUUCCGACUACAUACAGGAAAUUUACUUAGCGAUUUAUUGGCUUGCGAUGAGCAAUUCGAUGUACAAUCCCAUUAUUUAUUGUUGGAUGAAUUCAAGAUUUCGACGUGGAUUCAAGCAGUUUUUCUUUUGGUGUCCCUUCAUACAUAUCCCGCACGAGACAUUGACGCGACGCGAAGUUGUCACAUCGAGAUACUCGUGCAGCGGUUCGCCGGAUCAUCGGAUCAUACGAAACGAUACAGAACGUUCCUUUUUGUAUACUUGUUCAGGCUCACCGAAGGGCUCGGCGAGAAAGUCUCAUGGUUCUGUGCGAAUCCCGAUGCAUUUAACGACGUCAGCAUGUCAUACGGCGCAACAUAGUCCCGCGACAAAUUCCUCGUAUUUGUCGUCGCAACAAAACAUGCAUUCGCUGAAUUCCUUCAAUAGUGACAGAAAUGCGACGAAUGUCGGCGCAAAUGUCGCCAAUGUGGGUGCGGGCAACGAGAUAAUUGACAGUCGAAGCGGGAACGUGACACAACGAUGGACAACGACAUCGCGACAACAGGCGCCGCGUGCUCUCUCCUGA